CUCCGGACAACAGCUGCUGGCGUUGCCCAUUCUGUGACUGGGUUGUGAUAUAGGAGGGACCCCCUGCAAACCGGUCUGCGUUGUCUUUAUUUGUUAUUUCUGGCCCUGUUCCUGCCCGAUUAGAUCUCCCCUCGUUAUCUUCCAGUUACGGAAUCCCGUUCCUCCCCAGGCCGCCAACAUGGACUACGAAGCGUUGAAGGACCAAUGGAGUGAUGUCGAGGAUCGCGAUGGCAUCAGACUCAGCUGGAACACGUUUCCGAGUUCUCGCAUGGAAGCAUCCCGCCUUGUUGUCCCCAUCGGUGCCGUCUACACACCCCUCAAGGAGAAGCCAGACUCUCCGUUGCUACAAUAUGAGCCCGUCACUUGCAAGGCGCCUUGUCGGGCGGUGCUGAAUCCUUAUGCCAACGUUGAUGUUCGGGCCCGCAUCUGGAUAUGCCCCUUCUGCCUUAUGCGCAACCCCCUGCCCCCUCACUACAAGGAUAUCACGGAGAGCACGAUACCCCCAGAGCUUCACCCCAUGAGCACGACAAUCGAGUACCAAUUGGCACGCCCCGCCCCUGCUCCCCCUAUCUUCGUCUAUGUUGUCGAUACCUGCCAGGACGAUGACAGUCUGAAGGCCCUGAAGGACUCUCUGAUCAUGAGUCUGUCAUUGCUGCCUGUGAAUGCGUUGGUUGGUCUGAUCACAUACGGUACAAUGGCACAAGUACAUGAGCUCGGCUACACCGAGUGCGCCAAGUCCUAUGUGUUCCGCGGCAGCAAGGAAUACGCCGCGAAGCAGGUCCAGGAGAUGCUGGGUCUUGCUUCCGGAGUUCGCCCGAACAUGCCCCAGCAACCCGCGCGUCCCCCGCUUGGCCCUGCGGCACGGUUCCUCCUUCCCGUUCAGCAGGCCGAGUUCCAGAUCACCAACGUGCUCGAACAGCUCCAACGUGACCCGUGGCCUGUUGCCAACGACAAGCGACCUCUCAGAUGCACUGGUGUUGCUCUCAGCGUCGCCGUGGGUCUGCUCGAGACCUCCUUCCAGAAUGCUGGCGGCCGCAUUAUGGUCUUCACCAGCGGACCGGCCACUGAGGGUCCCGGUCACGUCGUCGGUCCUGAGCUGAAGGAACCCAUCCGUUCACACCACGAUAUUGACCGCGAUAACAUCAAAUAUUACAAGAAGGCUGUUAAGUUCUAUGACAACAUGGCUAAGCGUGCUGCCAACAACGGACAUAUUGUUGAUGUCUUUGCCGGCUGUCUCGAUCAGGUCGGUAUGCUGGAGAUGAAGAACCUUGCCAACUACACCGGCGGGCAUAUUCUUCUCACAGACAGCUUCACCUCCUCACAAUUCAAGCAGUCCUUCGUUAGGAUAUUCGACAAGGAUGCCAACGAUAACCUACUCAUGGGCUUCAACGCAUCUCUUGAGGUGCUAACUACCAAGGAGCUCAAGGUCACCGGUCUUAUCGGUCACGCUGUUUCCCUGAACAAGAAGUCGAGCUCUGUCGGCGAAACGGAAUGUGGUAUCGGUAACACUUGCGCAUGGAAGAUGUGUGGAAUUGACCCUGCCUCGAGUUACGGCGUCUACUUCGAAAUAGCAAACCAGGGUGGACCUGCAGCAGUGCAACCAGGCCCUCAGAGAGGAAUGAUGCAAUUCCUCACAUACUACCAGCACUCGUCGGGUCACUACCACCUUCGGGUCACGACGGUCGCGCGGCCCCUCAGCGGUCCUGCCGGUGACCCUACACUGGCGCAGUCUUUCGACCAGGAAGCAGCUGCCGUGUUGAUGGCCCGCAUCGCUGUCUUCAAGGCUGAAGUUGACGAUGGCCCUGAUGUGCUCAGAUGGGUUGACCGGAUGCUCAUCAGACUCUGCUCUCGUUUCGCCGACUACCGGAAAGAUGACCCGACGUCUUUCCGGUUGGAGAAGAACUUCACCCUCUACCCUCAAUUCAUGUUCCAUCUGCGCCGAAGCCAGUUCUUGCAGGUAUUCAACAACUCGCCUGACGAGACUGCUUUCUACCGGCAUGUGCUUAACCACGAAGAUGUUGGCGACUCUCUUGUUAUGAUUCAGCCAACUCUGGAUUCCUACUCCCUUGAACACGAAGGAAGCCAGCCUGUGCUCUUGGAUUCGGCUUCUAUCCAGCCCGCUCACAUCCUUCUUCUGGACACUUUCUUCCACAUCCUGAUCUUCCACGGCGAGACUAUCGCGGAAUGGAGGAAGGCUGGUUACCAGGAUCAGGAGGGCUACGAGAACCUGAAGGUGCUCCUUGAGCAACCAAAGGAAGACGCUAGGGAAUUGAUUUCCGACCGUUUCCCACUGCCCCGUUUCAUCGUUUGCGAUGCUGGUGGCUCCCAGGCUCGUUUCCUUUUGUCCAAGCUGAACCCAUCUACCACCCACACGACAGGAGGAUACGGCGGAGGUGUGACGUCGCAGACCAUCUUCACUGAUGAUGUCUCGUUGCAGACUUUCAUGGACCAUCUCAUGAAGCUUGCUGUUUCCGGAACCAGCUAGAUUUGACGAGGUAAUGGCCAUGACGAGAGCAAGGGGCGGUUUGCACCAGUCCUCGGGUCGUUUGUAUCUUUAGCGGUUAUUGAUUUUUGUUCGUUACCCUGGAAUAUAGCAACUACCUAGAUUCACCAAUUGAAUACAAACAAAAUAUCGUAAUAUGAGUGGAUCAACAAG